AGGAAUCAAGUCAGAAAUCCAAUGAAGCCGAAAAUUUGCUUGAGAGCCUCUCCUGGGAGCAUUCAAUUUCGAAUUGGGUUUUUCCAAGAGCGAGUGAAGUUGUUGUCAUUAGGGUUUGGCUAUGGCGGAGGUGGAGGUCAAUCGGAGGGACAUGGAGGCCGGGGAGAGUCCAGCCUUAACAAGCGCUGCGCUAGGGUUGCACUAUUGGCCUACCAUUGACGGUCCUUUGGGAGUGUACCACGAGGAGGCAGUCAAUCUCGCCAAGUCUUUCUACUAUGUUGGGUUCCUGUGUCUUCCCUGGUUGUGGUUCAUCAACUGUUUAUACUUCCUACCAGUGCUGCGGAACUCAAGAUCCGAUCCCCUAAUUCGCCCAUAUGUGGUCAAGUCAGGCAUUGGUUUUCUUGUAUGCGGCUCACUUCUCCUUUCAUGGGCGUUAACUUUUGCGUAUGGCGGUGAGGGGUUAUUAGGUCCCUCUUGGAAGCACCUGGCAGUAUAUGAUAUCGCAAACAAGUACCAACAGAUCUUCACCUAAGGAGUCUACGUGGAGUUGAAGCUUUAAUACAUUCACGGUUUAAACAUCUUGAUUUUCACUUGCAGCGGGCGCACUGUGAUGUACAUUAGAUUCAUUCAUAGUCUAGAAUUCACAUGACUAUUGUAUACCAAGGUCUCCUAUUCCCUGUCCACAAACAUAUAUCGAUGCUCUUUACCUAGUAGCACACACGGGUGGAUAGGUAUGACGUCUUUGGAAAUGAUUUUAUCAAACGUGCAUGUUGCUGUGCACCGUGAUCAACUGCGGCUUUUUAAGCGGUCUAUCUUCACAGAAAUCGUGUCAGGAACUUUAAAAUUAGUUUUCUGAAGUGCAUAUGAACCCUUUCAUGCUCAACCUGGACAUGUGAACCAGCAAGGAGACGGCCGAAUUUAUCAAUAGAUCAUUACACUGCAUACCGUGUCUCAUGUAGGGACAGAGAAUCGGAAUGCUGGUGCCCAUCUGAAAUUUUAAUGGCU